AGAUUCUGUUUUGGUGUUAUUCCUUCUCUACAGGUUUUUGUUUGUUUUUCUUCCUUUCGCCUUCUCUUUCUCUACCAUUUUUGAUUCCUUUUACCCCCUGUUCAGUUCUUCAAAUUCCACCAACUACGCUGCACCUAUUCUUUGAUAUUUGUGCAUUCAAGAUCGUCAUCGUUUCUGCCGUCACCGCCUUCCGCACUUGCGCCAUUGAGACCUGCCUGUUGACUUUUUUUGCUGCUGCCUGUUGUGAAUACCCGUCUCAGUGUUCUCUCUCUCUCCGUCGUUCUCCGUCUGUGUGAGUAUAGAUUGUCCUAAGCGCACCACGCCAGCGCAGUACUGCACUGUGAGUGGUGACAGCGUUGUAAAACUCCGCAAAAAACUCCAAAGAAAGAAUAAAAGCAGCGACUAAAUCAGAAAGUCAAAGACAAGCAGGUUUUUGGAUCACGAUCUACCGUGGUGCGUUGCGAAAACUGUUUUCCUUUCUCUAACGGCUGUUUAUUGCUCCUUCAUUCUUUUGCUAUACCUCCUUCUCCUCGCGUUCUCCUCGAAACUAUCUUCUUGGUAUUAAGUUAUCACCUUUAUUGUUACUUGUGUUAUUGUUAUUUUUUUUUUUUGAUUCUCUACUUUGUUCUUCGCCUCUUUUUUUUUCUGGAAUAGUCAUUAUACCUUCCUGUUUUCUUACCUUGCGUUAUUACUAUUACUAUUGUUACUUUUUUUUUGGUAUUUUCGUCGAAGUAAGGACUUUGCUACCACGUUCUUUUUUUAUUACUUUGUUUUCUUUCUUCUCCCUUUACUUCCUCUCCUUCUCGCUUUCUACCAAGCGGAAGGUAAUUCCCUUUCUUUUAUUUUUUAUUUAACUUGCGUUGUAAUCUCGUUUUGUGUGUCGUGGAGAUCAGGGAUUGUUCUCCCUUUUAUCCCGAUUCCCGUCUUCUGUUCACCUUAGCCGCAAAGAAACAACAAAAAAGGGCAAAGAACUGCUUAUGAGCUUCCUCACUACGCUUAACUUGACACACACACACACACGCACACACAUACAAAGAAAAGAAAAUAAGUCUGAUUCUAACGCCGCUUUUCAUUUCUUUAUUUCUUCACUGAUCUAAAUCUUGGUGGUUUCAUAGACGCGCUACCUGUUUGUUUUUUCUCUUUUUGUUCUUGGUCUUCUUCUUACCUCUCCGCCGUGGGUACGAUCUUAAAGACCCACCGCUCCUUAUAGUGUUGCUUCUCCGUUUCCGACCACUCCCGUGUGAGCUUUUCUUCUUUUCUCUCUGUUUUUUUUUAUACAAAAGAAGACAUUGAAUCUCUCGUUUUCUCUUUCUCUCUUUCGAAGAAAGUAUAUUAAACCCGCACAUAAAACGAAGGUGCGUUAAUAUAUAUAUAUAUAUAUAUAUAUACAUUGAUCCCACGUCAUUGCUUUGCUGUUUCUCCUUUAAAGUGUCCGUAAAGGCUGAUUUGAGCUGUAUAUAUACAUACCCUUGUGGUCACUCUUUGCGUGCUUUCUAUUGGUUUAACUAGGAAAGAAGGAAACGACACUUUUUUGUUUGUUCUUUUUGGGUUGUGUGUAGUUAUUAUUAUUUUAUUGUUAUUAUUGGCGCGGUUUAGCGCGUAUACACACGCUUUGUCUGUUGUUGCUCCCCCAGUGUCGUUGCCUUUUUUCCUCUCUCUCUCUUCUGUUCUCUUCUGUCCCUCACAUCUCUCGUUGCGUGCGUGUGUGCUUUUAAGUAUUCGUUUUAUUAUUAUUAUUACAGAGCUUCCGUCCUCUUCUGUUUUCCUUUCCAGAGGCGCAACUCCGUAUCUCUCGUUUUAGGCACCACCGCAAAACAAAGCAAACAAAAACUCUUGCAUUUCAUUCAUUCACCGCAUUCAAACCCUUUUUCUUUUAUUCCUCUUUUUGCUGCCUUCUCCCACCAGAGCGCUUCUCCCUUAUUCUUUUUCAAGUACUUUUCAUUUUUUCUUCUUUCGUUUCUCUUUCUCGUGUUCUUUCUGUCGCGCUCCUGCUCUCGCCCCGAGUGCGUAUGCGUGUGCGCGUGUUUCUGUUUGCAGCUUAAAAAACAAUAUCUUUCCUCACUCCCACCUGUUUCCUUUUCCCCUUGCGUCAUCAUGUCUGCUGCGCCGGCGCUGAAGACGUCAGAGCACGACUUCAUCCUCCCCUUGCCUUCGGCGGAGAGUAACUCCUUAAGCCAUACCGACGUCGCGCCACAUGUGAGCGGGAGCCACGGCGACCACCUCUCUCGGCCCCUCACCGAUGCGUUGCACAACGCCACCGCCUCAGUGGGACACGGCAUGAGUGAACACCAGCCUCCACCGUCGACAAAGACGACGACGGCGACCGCCACAACCGCCGUUACGGCUGCUGCUGUCAUGGCCGCACCCACCUCUCCCACGCCGUCGCUCGCCGCCUCAGCUGGCAAGUCGAUCCCACCGCAGACUCGCUCCCCGUCUCCGCCGGUCGAAGUUACCGAUGACGAGGACAUCAACAAGAACCAAAACGUGCGCCGCAACGUGUACAUCUCCGGCAUCCCGCCCGCCUUCCGCUCCGAGGAGUUCCGCCACCUCUGCAUGCAGUUUGGCCGCGUGGAGGCGGCGAAGCUGUGCGUGGACAACCGCAACUCCCCGACGAAGGCCUACGGCUUCGCGCUGUACUACAGCAUGGAGAGCGCCGCCGCGGCCAUCCGCGGCCUGAACGGCAGCUUUCUGCAGGGCCGCGCGGUGCAGGCCCGGCUGGCGGACUCCCACGCCACUCCGCAGCCACUCGGCGAUGAGGGCUCCGCUGCCAGGACGACGCUCCCGCCCCCCUCGCACUACCACCUGCACCGCAAUGAGCCGCGCGACGGCCGCGGCGGCACCAGCGCACACCGCAACGGUCGCAACAACGCGAUCCUGAACAGCAACAACAGCAUGAACGUUCGUCGCGGGGUUUCGCCGGCGGGUGUGGCGGCGACGUCGAGCCCCGGCAUGCAGGGGGGUCUGCCCACGCCUCCGUAUACCGCCAUCCCGGCUGGCGCGACGUUGCUGACAUCGCCCGUCGACGUCAUUGCGAACCCCAUCGCGGCCAUCCCUUUUGACAUGAACGCGUGUUAUCAAUACAUGGCGGUGAUGCCGUCUGUCUCCACGCCGCCACCACCCAUCACCACGGCAGCCGCCGCCGCGCCGAUGCACAUGGGCACCGCGGCUACCCACGCGAGCAUCGUCAGCCCUGUCAACUGCAGCCUGGGUGCCGAUGGCGGCUUCGGCGCGGUCGGCACACCCGUCACCGGGUCUCUGAGUGCUGGUGGGCCUGCUGCAGCGCCGCCGAAAACCGCGGUGCUGUCCCCCAUCUCCGUGGCGCUCUCGCCGCCGCUGCUGUCGUCGCACUCGACCGAAAGUGCCGGCUCCGUCUCACCCAACGCGCCGCGCGUGGCACCCGUAAGCGCGAAUACGGCCCCCAUGAUCCUGCAGGCUCAGCAGCAGAACGUUCCUGCGUACGCCAGCGUGACCUCGCCGUACCAGAUUGCGUACCAGCAGCAGCAGCAGCAGCUGUCCCCGCCGUUCUCGCCGCCGCACUUGACCAGUUCUUCUCCGCCUUCGGGCCAGGUGGCCAUCAUGACGACUACAGGGGCGGACGGCAGUCCCGCCUUCAUGUACUACCCACUGCCGCCCGCGAACGGCGUCAACGGCUUGGCGGCGGCGGCGGUCAAUGGGCCGCAGCCCGCAUCGCUGCAAGGCGUGCCACCCAUAACGGCGGUUCCCAUGGCCAAGGCGGCUGUCGGGCAGCUGCCGGGUUCGAUGAUGUACUUCACGGUGCCGAACGGCGCGGGUGCGUCGAUGAUGCCGCAGCCAACGUUUGUGCCGAUGCCCUCUUCGCCUACGCUGACGGCCUCCAUGACGCCGAACGGGGUAUCAGCGAACUACGUAAUGCCAUUCCAGGUGCUGCGCCAGAUGUAA